AUGCCGUCUCAAUCACGGAAAUCCACCGCCUCUCCAUCCAAUCAUCCAUCUUCAGCUAGUCGUCCUCAACGAUCGCGUCAACCUCCUUCGAAGCCUGGCAUGUUAACGCCCAGCCGAGAUUCACGAAGGCGCCUGUCUGAUAGCUUACCUCAGCCCAGCCCCGGUCCAUCCAAACGCAAGCGUGCUUCUUCAUCGGUCACCAUCAUCGAUCUAGAAGAUGACGAUGAUUCGGUUUCCAACGAUUCACAUCCAAGUGAGGAUGACGAAUCCGACCAGCCAGAAACAAUUUCGAAGAAGAAAGGGAAAUUUAAAGUAACCAAUAAGAAGAAAAAAAGGAAGGUCGAUCGAAACAAAAACAAACAGAUCCUGCCCGCUACCGGCUCGUCCUUGGUCACCAAAACCAUCCUAGCUGCCGAUUCAGAAGAAGAAAACAAUAAGUGCCAUUCCACAAGAAAGACGAUUGCGAACUUUUAUUUCUGA